UUACGACAACAACCAACAUCGGCUUGAUGUGAACUUGUCGUACGUAGUACUCCGCAUCUAAAUUGCAUACUCUCUCUCUCUCCCCUCCCCUCUCCUCCCUUCGACUCUCAGCUUAGAACUGAUUAACAAAGAGAUUAAAUAGAGAAAAUCAUCAUCAAUGGCGGAGAAAGAGGAAGUUAUAAAUGGGUUCAAAUUCAAGCAAAAUCACGGAAAACAAAGAGUGAGAGUUGGAAGGGUUUGGAAGGAUUCGAAUGGGGUUCAUCAUUUCGUUGAGUGGAACGUUGGUGUCAACCUUUUUUCCGAUUGUAUCCGCUCUUAUACCCAUGAUGACAAUUCCGAUAUUGUUGCCACUGAUACCAUGAAGAACACCGUUUAUGCAAAAGCAAAGGAAUGCAAAAAGCAAAUUACUGCGGAAGAUUUCGCUGUACUUCUUGCUAAACACUUCACAGCGUAUUAUAAGCAGGUUACUACCGCCAUAGUCAAGAUAGUAGAGAAGCCAUGGAAGCGUGUGUACAUAGAUGGUCAACCGCAUAAGCAUGGUUUUGAACUUGGAUCGGAAAAACAUGUAGCAGAAGCUGCCUUAAGUAAAUCUGGUGCCAUAAAGUUAUCUUCAAGCAUUGAAGGAUUAUCACUCCUGAAGACCACAAAGUCUGGUUUCGAAGGAUAUGUUAAGGACAAGUACACACUAUUGCCAGAAACACGAGAGAGGAUGUUAGCCACAGAACUCACUGCUACAUGGAGGUAUUUGUUCCAAAAUGUUCAUGACAUUCCAUCAACACCAAUGUUCUUUGCUGAAAGAUACUCCGAUUUGAGGAAACUGUUAGUCGAUACUUUCUUUGGUCCUCCCGACGAAGGUUUUUAUAGUCCAUCAGUGCAGAGCACCCUUUAUCAAAUGGCAAAGGCUGUUCUCAACAGAUUCCAUGUUAUAUCAUCUAUCGAUCUAAAAAUGCCAAAUCUGCAUUUCAUUCCUGUUAAUCUGCCAAACACGCAGAACCCAAAUAUUGUCAAGUUCGCAGACGAUGUAUAUCUUCCUACUGAUGAACCACAUGGAUCAAUUGAAGCAAGCUUGAGUCGCCUCCACUCAAGGAUGUAAAUAACCCAGAAUAGUUGUACUCGUCUAUUGGGAUGGGAGUUUCUACUUUCUUACUCCUUGGACUCCAAGCAAAUACGACGGAAUAAUUGUUUCUUUCCCAAACUUCUCCUUUUUCUUUGUUUCAUACGUUUUUCUGGAUUUUGGGAGCUUGGGGUGUUUUGCGCAAUUUAGAAGGUGGACCAUGGUGCACACAAAGCAUGGUGCACCUUAAGAACACUAGUAUAUAAUUAAAAGAACAUCUGGUUACUUGAAAAGAACAUGGAUAUGUAUUUUUUAUAUUUUUAAUAAAUAGUGAAAUAAUAUGCUAUUUUUUAUAACAAAAAAGUAAAACAUUAUAUUGCAUGUU